AUGGGCAGAACGGAACUAACGGAGGAGGAGGAGGAGGAGGAGGAGGAGGAGGAGGAGGAGGAGGAGGAGGAGGAGGAGGAGGAGGAGGAGAUGCAGGCGAAGGGCGUGAGGGAGGUGGCCGUGGCAACCGGCCUGGAGGUGCUGUACCAGGAGACCCCCAACUACAGCGGAGCAGCGGCUGAGGCUGACCGCAUGAUUGAGCCUAGGGAGACGGCUAGGCAUGCCUGGCGAGUGCCAGAAGUGUUAGGGAGCCUGCUGUUAGUGCAGGUGAGGAGGCUGUGA